AUGUCCCGCCAGGUCAGACCGGUCCCGAAGUCUGUCCGAGCGGAUCGGUUCAGACAGCACAGCGGACAUUCAUUCGCCAGGUCACCGACACAACGUGAUGGUGCCGCGCGAACACACUGUAAGGCACAGCAACACACGGAAGAGACCUGGUUUGGGGAGGAUUGGGUCGAGGAGGCGAGAAGAAGGCCGGAGGACUGUUCCAGCGAUAAUCCUAAGCCGGCAAACAACUUUGUCAAACAAGUUUGGCUGCUUACGGAAGCAGUGGCCAGCGGGCUAGCGUCGGCGCCCGCCAGCCAACCAGACGGCGCGGUGGCGGCGCGGAGCCCUAAGGAACUUAACUCGCUUCGUCAACUCCGUUUCUCCCGCCGGUCUCGCCGCGCAUCGACCAGCCUGCUCCGUUUCGAUCCUGUUCCAGUGAUUGCUCUGCUUGCCACCCAUGGAUGUUCCCCUGCCGGCUCCCGACCGUACACUUUGACCUUUCUGCCUGGCUCCGACAUGGAGGACAACGCGGAGCUCGAGUCCUUUCGACGCCAAUGGCGUGAAGAAGUCUCGCGACGCACGAAGGCCGCGUCAACCUCGCAGCCGCCAUCGCAGCCGUCCGUCGCGUCCUCCGCCGAGCAGGAGCGCGUCCCGCCCACCCGCCACGAGGCUGCAAACCGGAAGGAAGACGCCUACGAGGAGGAUUUCGCGCAUCACGGCUAUGGAGAGUUUGUCCAACAGGUCGAGCAGCUGACCCUGCAGACGGUGGAUGACGAUACGUUUCAACGUGCUCCGCAGAGGGAGCCGCGUUCGGCGCUGGAGCACUUUGAAAAAGCAGUGCAGAAAGAGGCGGAGGGCAAUUUGGGCGACAGUUUGAACCACUAUCGAAAGGCAUACAGGCUCGAUUCUAGCGUCGAUCAAGCAUACCGCAAGAAACACUUUGCCUCGUCCAAGCCGCCGCCGUCCAAAGACGCGAACCUCUCCGCUGCCAAAGACACCACCGGUGCACAGGAAGAAAGCAAGCCGCUGUCUACGCCAGAGCUUAUUCUCUCCUUUGCCAAUUUGCCGAUUCCGCAGGCUGAACCCCUGAUCGAGAACACACCCCCACCGCCAUGUCCUAUCGCCAAGGUUCCGUCGGACGUCCUCGUCGAAAUCUUGAAACACGUAGCUCUGAUGGAUCCCGCCUCGUUCUGUCGCAUGGCUCUGGUGUGUAAACGUCUUGCAUACCACUUUGCCCACGAACAGCAUAUCUGGAAGAGCUUGUGCCAGACACGCAAGUUUGGAUUUGAGGGCAUGCACUACUCGUUUUGCUGCGACGUGGCCGGGAACCGCCUCCAUACGCUGGGUCCACGCUACACGCCAUUUCCUCGUGGGGUCCCGGUACAGAUCCCCAAGCCGCUGUCCACCUGGAGUGAGGUCUUCCAGAUUUUUCCCCGGAUCCGAUUCACGGGCAUUUACAUCAGCACGGUAAACUACACGCGGCCUGGAGCGGCGUCUUCGUACGAUAAUGUCACCUGGAAUUCCCCCAUCCACAUUGUGACCUACUAUCGUUAUCUUCGCUUUUACCCAGAUGGGUCGGUCAUUUCGUUGCUCACCACGACGGAGCCGACGGAGGUGGUCCCGUAUAUCAGCAAGGAGAAUGUGGCCGCUGCCAGAGCGGCAGCUCAGGGCCAUCAUCAACAUCAACGUCAGAAGUCCGACUCCGGUUCCGCAGGAGCAGUGGUGCCGGCGAACACAGUUCCUCCGACCGCCAUGGCAACCUUGAAGCAUGCUUUACGGGGUCGUUGGCAUCUCACUCGUCCCCCACCGGCGAAUCCCGAAGAGCAGCAGAUCGUACCAGAGCAGCCUCCUUCGGGCUCGGGCCCUCCGUCCAUGAAAUCCGACACGACCUCAGGGCCGGAUCCCCGAGAUCUCGUGGUUGAGACGGAAGGCGUCGAUCCCAAAUACACGUAUACCCUUCACCUCUCUCUUCGUUCCUCUAACCCUGCCCGGCAUGCCGGGUCCGACAAGCCACCGCCCAAUGUGUCCAAAAACACCAGACUGAUCUGGAAGGGUUUCUGGAGUUACAACAAGCUGACCGAUGACUGGGCGGAAUUUGGCCUGCGAAAUGACCGUGCUUUUGUCUUCCGGCGGGUGAGAGGAUGGGGGAUGGACUGA